AUUCAUUAUUGCAUUCAUCUUUCUGAAACAGAUAUUGCACACUUAGCUUCUUAUACUUUUAACAUGAUGAAAGUUAUGAUUUCGUCUAUCGGGAUAGGUUUACUGCUGUCAUUGACAAUACACAACGUGUGCGGAAGUCUUUAUGACCCGCAUGUGUUCCCAGACACGGGUCCGUUUUUCGAAGGUUGGUAUUUACGCAUCAACGAUUACGACAAUGAAGGAAGUGUUGGAUUAUUAUUUGGCCACGUUCUACCAGAAACAUCCAAAAACACAACAAGGUCCUUAGUAAUAGCGUCUCUAUUGGUUAGGCAAUGUGAGAACGCCUCUUGCAAGCUGCUGUCCUACGACGGGACGUAUGCCAUUAGUCAGUUAAGAGUAACUGUGGACGGCAAACCUGUGACAAAUGAUCCGGAUUACGAAUCGCCAUCACGAUUUCGAUGGGAAGUCAACAGUCCGUCCGGUGGCGGAUACUUUGAUCAAACGUGUGAUAAAACUUUGUUCAGUUUCCGGAUAGAGGAUCUCGUUUUUCGCGGAGAGAUAGGCAGGCCGGAACCCUGGAGUAUGAGUGGGAAGGGCCCCGAGGGUUGGCUGAGUGCACUUCCGCUGCCUUUACAUUGGUUCGUGUAUAGUUUGAGGUCAGAGCUAGUGAGCUACAUGCUGGUGAACGUCACAAGUGGGACGGUCAUCCGAGGGGUCAACGGUUCAGUCCAUAUGGAGAAAAACUGGGGGCAGUCUUUUCCCGCGCAAUGGAUUUGGUCAGAGGGCGUUCAGCCGGAAAACAACGCAUCGUUUGCACUGUCUGGCGGCCUUGUUGCCCUCCCUAUUUUCUCUGUUAACGCUUAUCUUAUUGGUUAUAGAAAUCCAAAAAAGAAUAUCAGUCUUGAUUUUAGACCUGACGACAGUAUAGUGAACACGGACAUAAAUGGAUGCAACGGCACCGUGAUAGUAACAACCAAAGGUGUUUUGCAUGAAGUGGAAUUUAGCCUGGAGGCAUCACCGAACACAUUCAGUGAUUGCUUACUAGGUCCUGAAUCCAUGGGUUUUAGACCUGCGUGCGUUGAAAGCUACGACGCUAGGGCAACAGUCCGGGUGUUCGUGCGAAAUUAUAUACCUUGGCAGUACACGUUGAUUGACCAACAGACGUUUCACGGGAUCGCAUUAGAAUUUGGUGGCUUACAUGUUUGUAAUAAUAAAUGCAACGUGAAAGUUUAACUUCGUGUGAUUUAGUUAACCUAAAGAAGAUGUGUUGGUUUUGAUAGAAUGUCGAUUUUAAUUAACGAUGGUUCAGACAAAUUAAUAUUUUCACGACUGGCUGAGCUACUCGAGGAAAUAUUAAUCCACAUUAAAAAAUUCGAUAAUCCAUCAAAAACCAAGAUAUGUUUGUUUUAUUAAAUCAUCUGAACACCGUUAGUACAUAAAAAAAAAGUUAAGACAGCUAAUUACAUUUUGAUAUAUUUAAUGCCAUAAACAUUCAAUAAAUGUACUUGCAAAUACA